UGAGGCAAGUCACUUCUCUCAGGGCCUUAGUUUUCUCAGAUGUAAAAAGAGGACCUACAUGAUGUCAGGUUCUUUCUACUUUUGAAGAUAGCAGGUUUCCAAAGAAUAAAGUGGGUCAGGAUGUAUAGGAAGGCAGUGAGAGCGUCCUUGGAUUGUUUGGCUGCAUGAACUAGCAGGAAAGGAAGGGCAAAUGAGAAAACACAGAUAAGCCAUCUUUGCGGAACACACUUUCUUGGUGAGAAAGCAAGAUUAUCUUCUUACUCAAAAAAGAUGAAACGAACACGGUUAUUCUCAAAAGACAACCAAGUGAGCACCUUAGACUAAUGAGUAGAAUCAAUAAGAACGUGAUUUUGGCGCUUUUAACUUUGACAAGUUCUGCAUUUCUACUGUUUCAGUUGUACUACUACAAGCACUAUUUAUCAGCAAAGAAUGGAGCUGGUUUAUCAAAAUCUAAAGGAAGCCGAAAUGGAUUUGAUAGCACACAGUGGCGUGCAGUUAAAAAAUUUAUUAUGCUAACAUCCAGCCAAAAUGUACCAGUGUUCCUUAUUGAUCCUUUGAUUCUGGAAUUGAUUAAUAAAGACUUUGAACAAGUCAAAAAUACUUCUCAUGGCUCCACUUCAGAAUGCAAGUUUUUCUGUGUUCCAAGAGACUUUACUGCAUUUGCCCUGCGGUAUCACCUGUGGAAGAAUGAGGAAGGCUGGUUCCGGAUAGCUGAAAAUACGGGAUUUCAAUGCCUAAAGAUUGAGAGCAAAGAUCCCCGGCUAGAUGGGAUAGACUCCCUUUCUGGAACUGAAAUUCCCCUGCACUACGUCUGCAGAUUGGCCAAUCAUGCCAUCCACUUGGUGGUCUUUCAUGAGAGGAAUGGCAACUACCUCUGGCAUGGCCAUUUACGACUCAAAGGACACAUGGAUAGGAAAUUUGUUCCUUUUCGAAAGUUACAGUUUGGUCGUUAUCCUGGAGCUUUUGACAGGCCAGAGUUGCAACAAAUUACUGUUGAUGGACUAGAAGUUUUCAUCCCGAAAGAUCCAGUGCACUUUCUAGAAGAAAUACCACACUCUAGGUUUAUUGAGUGUAGGUAUAAAGAAGCUCGAGCAUUCUUUCAGCAGUACCUUGAUGAUAACACUGUGGAAGCUAUGGCCUUUCGGAAGAAUGCAAAGGAAUUAUUGCAACUGGCAGCCAAAACAUUAAAGAAAUUGGGAGUACGGUUCUGGCUGAGCAGUGGAACUUGUCUAGGGUGGUAUCGGCAAUGCAACAUUAUUCCUUAUAGUAAAGAUGUUGACCUAGGAAUUUUUAUACAAGAUUAUAAAUCUGAUAUUAUUUCAGCAUUUCAGGAUGUAGGACUUCCACUCAAACACAAAUUUGGGAAGGUAGAGGACAGCUUGGAACUAUCUUUCCAAGGAAAAGAUGAUAUAAAACUCGACAUUUUUUUCUUCUAUGAAGAGACUGACCAUAUGUGGAAUGGAGGCACUCAGGCCAAAACGGGAAAAAAAUUUAAAUACCUGUUUCCCAAGUUUACACUGUGCUGGACCGAGUUUGUAGACAUGAAGAUUCAUGUGCCCUGUGAAACUAUUGAGUACCUUGAAGCCAACUAUGGUAAGAGCUGGAAGAUUCCUGUGAAGACAUGGGACUGGAAGCGCUCUCCCCCCAAUGUGCGGCCCAAUGGAAUCUGGCCUAUUUCUGAGUGGGAUGAGGUUAUCCAGUUAUACUGAGACAGUAGGUUGAAAUGGUAGAAUCCCCCUUCUGAAACAAAGGUGGAUAACUGUUUAAGAAGAUAAAUCUCUAUUUGUCAAAUGUAAGGAGGGGCCAAAGAUAUGUCAAGUGUGAAGAUGCAGAAAGAGUCCUAACCUCUGAGCCAUCUGAUUUAAUUCUCUCAUUUUACUUUUAUUAAGGAGUCCCCGUGUGCCAGGUACAGUGCUAGGUUAGAGUGGAGAAGCGGAGAUGAGUGACACACAUGCCUAUCUCUUCCCCUUCCCUUUGGUAAGCACCUCAGUUUUCCUUUGAGGGAAACACCCUUACCUUUGAAGCUCCUAUAAAAUAUGAUGUUCUUUCAGAAUGUUAGAUAAUGGUUGGACUGGAUAAUGGGUUUAUUGGGCAAAGCUAAGGAGGGAUAUACCAGUAAAAAAGAAUAGCCCGUUCCUGCAAUCAGAAGUUAAGCUUAUAUGUUAGUGCUGCUUUUAAGGUUGUAGAGUUGGAGUUAAUAUUUAAGUGAUCAGACUUUAGGUGGCAUCAAGAAAAGAUGCUAGAUUCAUUUUACAAGCAAC